GGACAGAGACGGACGAACUACAAUUCCCAUCAGCCCUCCACGUAGCUACGUGCCACGUCAUUUUAACGCGCGACACGCUGGGAAUGCUGACAUGGCGGCUUCCAUACCGUGUGCUCUGCGCCUCGGUUUGUGGACUGUUGUUCUCCUUAUCUCGGCGCUUUGCAUCCCCGGGGCUGUAGCGCUGAUCGAUGGGCUUUACUGCGGUACGCAGAUCUGCUACGACGUCCUCGGGGUAAGCAGAGACGUGUCCAAGGCGGAGAUCGGACGCGCGUACCGCCAGCUGGCCCGGAGAUACCAUCCGGACCGAUUCCAGGCUGGAGACCCUGCUCUGGCCGGAGAGACUGCAGAGAGCGCGCAUGAGAAGUUUCUGCUCAUCGCUACAGCUUAUGAAACUCUGAAAGAUGACGAAUCCCGUCGGGACUAUGACUACAUGCUGGAUCACCCGGAGCAAUACUACAGCCACUAUUACACUUACUACAGGAGACGGCUGGCACCCAGAGUGGACGUUAGGAUAGUUAUUCUCGUAACUGUGUGUGCAAUUUCAGUUUUUCAGUAUUACAGCUGGUGGAGCAGCUACACCGAAGCAAUCAACUACCUUACCACCGUCCCGAAGUACCGCAUCCAGGCGACCGAGCUGGCCAAGCAGCAAGGCUUGCUCAACCGCACCAAAGAGAAAGGCAAGAACCGGCGUUCCAAAGAGGAGAUCCGUGAAGAAGAAGAGGAGAUCAUCCGAGACAUCAUCAAAAACAAGAUUGACAUUAAAGGAGGCUACCAGAAGCCCAACAUCUCCGACAUCCUGCUGUUCAGGAUCAUCUUGUUUCCGUAUCACAUGUGCCUCUGUGUGGCGUGGUAUUUCUCAUGGGUUUAUCGCUUCACCUUUCGGGGCGAAGAGUACGGAGAGAAGGAGAAGCUCUACAUCAUUCGCAAGUACAUGAAAAUGUCCCAGGCACAGUUCGACAGCCUGGAAGACCACCUGAGACAAACGUUCCUGGAGCGUCAGCUGUGGAUAAAAGAGAACUAUGAGGUGUACAGAGAAGAGCAGGAGGAUGAAAUGAAACUGAAAAUGGCCACAGACCCACGGUGGAAGCGCUACAGACGCUGGAUGAAAAGCGAAGGACCUGGUCGCAUCACUUUCGCUGACGAUUAACUGCACAUGUUGCAUCAGAUUACACUGAUUAUACAAUCCUUCCUAUGUGUGCGUGAGUGUGUGUUGAUUUUGCACACAUGUUUACAACUAGAUUUGGUGUGCAUCGUUGUAAGACCUUUGACUGAUUUUCACAGAUAUGAAUACAAUUGAGGGCUGUAUCUGUACAGAAGCUGCUGUAACUCCACAUGUCUGGUCUCCUCGGCUCUUUCUGAGCUGAUCCGAGGUCAGGGGUCCGGUGUAGCAGCUCGGUGCAUUAUUAGCAAUCGGAGCAGUGCGCUCAUCCACAUUGCUGCUGUCGGCGUUGGCCUUUUACUCAUAUUGGGAGGCUGCCUUCUAAUGUGUUUGUACCUGUUUUGCCUCUUUAUGCAUCCAAACAAAUGAAAUAUAUUUUUAAAAAGGAUAUUAAAGUGACUGUUAAACUUG